CAUGCAGUUGGCUGUGGCUGCACACAUUCCAGAGUCCCUUGGGGGCCAAGGUGGAGAAGUUGUCUACAUGGACACAGAAGGGAGUUUCAUGAUAGAUAGGCUGGUGGACAUGGCUACAGCUACUGUGAAGCAUUUCCAGGAACUGGGAGGGCCGCAAGGGUCUUCAGAUGAUGUGCUUCAGCUCUCAGUGGGUGAUAUACUCUCAGGGAUCCAUUACUUUCGCUGUCAUGAUCAUGUUGAGCUUCAGGCUACCAUACAUCUACUGCCAUCAUUCUUGAAAGACCACAGCAAAGUGAAGCUGGUGAUCGUAGACAGCAUUGCUUCCCCACUGCGCCACAGCCCUGACGAUCCCUCUCUCCGCUCACAGCUCAUGGCGUCUUUGGCCCAGACUUUGAAUCGACUUGCCUCACAGUUUCAGCUUGCUGUUGUGCUGACCAAUCAAAUGACAACGAGAGUGAAGCCUUCGGAAGGUACAUCCUUCCUGGUCCCUGCACUGGGCUACAGCUGGGGUCACGCAUGCUCUGUGCAAGUGUUGCUGCAUUGGCAGGAAGAGGAACGCUGUGCUCUCCUCUACAAGGCUACAAGUACACCCAGUCAUGCGUGUAAAUACAGAAUUAAGCUGGAGGGAAUAAGGGACACCUUCACAAUCUCUGAACCGGUGCUGAGCUCUGGUGAGCAUGAUGCGAAUACCUCGGAACCAGCGACUAGCUCUCUGAGAGAGAACCAAGAGUUGACCACAGUGGCUGCUACUCCAGACGACUUAAGCAUCGGUGGAAAAAUGUCAGGCGCUAAUCCUCCGGCCAAGAGACAAAACGUUACCUGAGAGUCCACGUGAUAGCCAGGUUUUGUAGUAGAGGAACCUUAAAUGUUUAAAUUGCUGGCUGGCACGACGCAGCUAGGGCUUCAUACUAUGUCCACUGGCGUCUGUGGUGUCUAAGGCCGUGCUAUCGCACACAGAAUGUGUGAGUUGAUGGUUUGCAGGUGCUUUGGUGUGGUUUGCUCCAUCUUUUCUAUCAAACAUCAAUUGUUCUUGUCUCCUCUUUUCUU